AUGACAUGUCAGUUUGCAGCCCAUAGGGAGAGUUUGCUGAAGCUUGCAUAUGGACUGAGGGCUGAUGUUGCAUAUGUGGGGUGGGGUUUGUGCCCAUCUGAUACCAACUCACUGCUGAGAGUGGCACAGACUGUGUUUGCGUCAUUGUCUGAAACAACCUUGGCCUCACAGACUUUUUCAGGGAAAGCCUGUCAGCAGCCUGAGCAACAGGUUCUUUAUUUUGAUCAUCAGACAGUAUUUGAUAUUUUUGACAUCCAUCUUGGUCUGCAGGUAACCACGGAGUGCCAUGGAAAGGUUGUCUCAGUGUUGAUAAUGGGAGGGGAGGUGGUCGAUAAGGAGUGUCUUCAGCGGCCACAGGAUGUGUCAUACACUGAAGUGAAGAGUUUGAUGGUCAAUUUGAGUUCUUCAGUAUCAGCACUGACGUCCAAAGUGCAUGAUGCAGAGUCUGUGGUCAGUUCAUUGAGUGUAGUUAAGAGUUCAGUGUCAGAUCUGACUUCAUCUGUAAAUACUCUCUCUUCUAAACAACAGAGCACUGGCUGUAAAUCUGGCUGGAUCUCGUAUCUCAGCAGCUGUAACUUGUUCUCAAGUGAUAAACUGAACUGGUCUAUUGCACGUGAUUACUGUGAACAGCAGGGGGCGUUACUACUCAAAAUAGAGGAGGAUGACAAGGAGUGGGCAUUUGUGUCCAAUAUUACCAUCCCAAAUAACUACUGGGUGGGUCUUACAGAUCAGAACACAGGGCAGUGGAGGUGGGCGGAUGGCACUCCUUACACCAUGAACAAAGAUCACUGGAAUACUGGGCAGCCAGAUGACUGGACCGAACAUGGUCUGGGAGGAGGAGAGGACUGUGGACAAAUAUCAUAUGAGAAACUGAAUGACAACCGCUGCUCUGUCGAAAUGAAGUAUAUCUGCAAAAAGCAAAAGUGGACCUGA